AUGAUAUCCUCAGUAGAAUCGAGAGAAUGCAUACACAACACCCUUGUGGGGGAGGUGGAAUGUUUCCUGGCUUUUAUGAAUGUGAAAGCUUUCCAGGACGUAGAAGGGUGUCCACAAAUCCAGAUGCGGUACUUGGGUGGUCUGAAAAUGUUGCUUGAAUUUGACAAUAAAAAAGACAAAGAAGAUUUCCUGAUCAAGGGAGUAAAGAUAUGGAAACCGUGGUUUAAAAGUCUUUCCUGUUGGCAAAUUGAAUGCAACUUUAAUGAAAGGGUAGCAUCUAUAAAAAUUCAAGGUGUCCCUCAACAUGCAUGGUGUGAGGAAGCUUUUAGUAUAAUAGCCAAAAAUUGGGGAACUAUUGUAAUCCCUGAUGAAUGUGCCACGGAUUCACUGAAUUUGGCCUUGGGAAGGGUAGGGAUAGUGACCUCUCAUCCUGGCAUUAAUGGUACAUCACCUACAAUCUUUGUAGAUGGUAGACCAUAUCUGAUCAACAUCAUGGAAGAUAUUUUCGAGUCCCUCAAACUCAACCCUGUUCUUGCUUCCAACGACUUCAGUUCAAGUAUGGCAUGGUGGAAUGAUGGGGUGACGUUGCUAGUCUCGAAGAAGGAAGUCUCGUCCGAUCAGAAGAAGAGUGCACAUCACCAGAGCUGUCACAAGAGAACCCCCUCCGGAACCAAAGCUGGGAAGACGAAGGGACACAUGAAUAGAAAUAAUAUGCCUCCAUAUUUGGGCCAUAAUUCAAGUCAGGCUCCUCCAUACCUGGAAGGAAAUAUUUUUCAGCCCAGGCACAAUAAAUCAAUUGACCUAAAUCAGUCCCCCUCUCAUUCCAACCCUCAUAAUUCUAGCGAUCUCUCUGCUGAGAGAAGGAUGUACUCUACUGUGCACGCUAAUAUGGAUCACCCUCCAAAAUCCAAUAUGGGAUCAUCACUAGCCCCCUCCGUGGAGACUCGUUGUGUAAAUAUGGUAUGCCGAUGUUCCACCUUGAAAGACCCUGAACCUCAAUCCACAUAA